CAAAGAAACAGAAAAAGGCAGCGAAGCAGCUGAGGAAGAAGAAGAACGAAGAGGAAGAAGGAAUGAGUUGGCCCCAGAGCCAAAGGGAUGGGGUUUUAUAGAAAUUGAGGUCGGAGUGGAUUCAAUUAUAGAGAAACAAGAGAGCACUGGAGAGUCUUGUAUAUGAUGCUUUGCGAAGCAUUGCGUGAUCGAAUACAGGCAUGGCUUCGUGACUACGACAGGCUUCAAUUUCUGGCCGUCCUUUUCCUCUACAUUCAGAUUGCCUGCGCAUUGAUAGGAUCGCUGGGAGCAUUAUACAACGGAGUGUUGCUGAUAAAUCUGGCCAUCGCAUUGUUCGCACUGGUGGCCAUCGAGAGUAGCAGUCAGAGUCUGGGCCGCACUUACGCCGUGCUUCUCCUCUGCGCUAUUUUCCUCGAUGUCUUCUGGUUCAUUUUCUUCUCUCACGAAAUCUGGAUUCUUUCUCGCGGCGAAUAUACGGCCUUUUAUAUCUUCUCAGUCAAACUCACUCUCGUGAUGCAAAUCAUCGGCUUCUCCAUCAGGUUCUCCUCCUCCUUUCUAUGGAUUCAGAUCUACAGGUUGGGCCUUUCCAAUGUCGUCGUCGACCCCGCCCCUACUCCUAGAGAUGCUGAUUUUGAUUUACGCAAUAGUUUCUUGAGUCCAACCACUCCCACGCCUGCUCUACUCAGACGACAAACUUCUGAUUCUAGUGAUGCCGUAGGAGGCUCUAUCUAUGAUCCUGCCUACUACUCCUCACUCUUCGAAGAGGGCCAGGGAAAAUGUUACAGUGGCAAUGGAUCUACAUCUGCUGCUGAAGCUUCUAAGGUGAAACCAUCUGUAGUCAGAUCUUUUCAGUUCAUAGAUGAGAAGACAGCAAGCCAGCAUUCAGUUUAAAUGGAGGUUAUCUCUGUUUUCUUUUUGGAUCCACUCCCAUUAUUGUUUGGAGGAUUGUUCACUGCGGCCAAGUUGUGUAUGGGGAGUGGGCUUGUACAGUCAAACACAUCAUUAAGCAUUUUUUUGCCCAGAUGAAAGCUGCCGGUCAAAGUAAAAUACUUGUGUGAUUUGGUACGUGAAAUUUUUGGAUCAAGAUUGGAUAUGCAAUCAUAUUUGGCAUGUUGGAUUGGCUGAAUUGCCUAAUCAGGCGUGGUCCAUGUAAUAUGUAUCAACUUUCAGAAGAUGCAAUUAGGCAUGGAUUGAAUGCAGAAUGUGCAGCGGGGAAGUUGACGUAGUGUCCUGGUUAAGGAACUCAGGUGAUUGUUUCUUGUUCCCGCCGUAUAAAGGAUUGAUUGAUCAUUCAAUUCAGGGGACCUUUGUUUUUUAUGGAUCAAACACUCCAUCACUAUGUCGUUGACUAUAAUUGCAAGAUUAUUCAUGUGUAUGUUUAGUUGUCUGUCUA